AGGCUGCCUUCCCGCCUGGCCUGUGCACCAGCCUGCCUCUCCUGCUGGCUACUGCCUCCCAGCCGGGGCUGGCAUCCCUGCUCUCAGUCCUGCAGCCUGGACUGUGUCUCCAUCACCAUAGGGUUGGCGAGGGGCCUGCCGGACACCAGGGCCCGCCCUCCCAUCCCUGGAAGGGUACUGCUCCUUCCUCAUUUUGCUGCUGAUUCUAGCCCCAAACAAAACAGGUUGAGCCCUUUUCCUCCCUCUGGCAGCUCCUCUCUGGCUUGCGGCUGCCUUCUGAGCCGCUGCAGACGGUGCCGGCCAGAGAGGGGGGGCCUGGGCCAGCCCUGUCGGGACUGGGACGGUGCGCCUGGCUCCUGGCCCUCGUUCAGCCCUGUCUGUGGCAGGAGAGCAAGCUUUGCCGUGGCAGUUGCCUGAAGAUGAUGCCCCAGCUUCAGUUCAGAGAUGCCUUUUGGUGCAGGGACUUCACGGCCCACACAGGCUAUGAGGUGCUGCUGCAGCGGCUGCUCGACGGCAGGAAGAUGUGCAAGGACGUGGAGGAGCUGCUGAGGCAGAGGGCCCAAGCAGAGGAGAGGUAUGGGAAGGAGCUGGUGCAGAUCGCCCGGAAGGCAGGCGGCCAGACAGAGAUCAACUCCCUGAGGGCCUCCUUUGACUCCCUAAAGCAGCAAAUGGAGAAUGUGGGCAGCUCCCACAUCCAGCUGGCCCUGGCCCUGCGUGAGGAGCUGAGAAGCCUUGAGGAGUUCCGCGAGAGGCAGAAGGAGCAGAGGAAGAAGUAUGAGGCUGUCAUGGACCGUGUCCAGAAGAGCAAGCUGUCUCUCUACAAGAAGGCUAUGGAUGUGAGUGUGAGGGUCUUUGGCCUGGAGGGGUGGAGGACUCACAAUGUGGACCUCAGGAGCCCUGGGCUGGGCCCCUGGGACAGGGCUUGCCUCAACCCCUGCCCAACAACACACACCAUCGCCUGUUGGGUGUUUGGGGCUGAGCAGGGAGCCAAGGACUCAUGUGGAUGGAUCCAGGCCCUGCCCUUGGGGGGCUGGGAGCCCGAGCGCUGGGGCCAGCUCAGCACUGCUUUUCCUCUGUCUCCUCAGAGCCAGAACAAAGCCAAGCAGUGCAAGGACUCAGCCACGGAGGCAGAGCGAGUGUACAGGCAGAACAUCGAGCAGUUGGAGAAGGUGCGGGGUGAGUGGGAGCAGGAGCACCGGACCACUUGUGAGGCUUUCCAGCUGCAAGAGUUUGAUCGAUUGACCAUCCUUCGCAAUGCGCUGUGGGUGCACUGUAACCAGCUCUCCUUGCAGUGUGUCAAGGACGAUGAGCUCUACGAGGAGGUGCGGGUGACGCUAGAAGGCUGCAGCGUGGAAGCCGACAUCGAUGGCUUUAUCCAGGCCAAGAGCACAGGCACUGAGCCCCCGGCUCCGGUGCCCUACCAGAACUAUUACGAUCGGGAGGUCGCGCCCUCAUCCGGCAGCCCUGGCGUACAACCAUCUUGCGGUGUGAUAAAGAGGUUCUCCGGGCUGCUACACGGAAGUCCCAAGACCGCAUCAUUGGCAGCCUCUGCAGAGACCCUGACCCCAACCCCUGAACGGAGUGAGGUUGUCUACUCUGCCAUCACGGUGCAGGAGGCGCCGGGCCCCCCAAGCGUGCCAGCACAGGGCUACAGGGUGCUCUACGACUACACGGCCCAGAAUUCCGACGAGUUGAAUAUCUCUGCGGGAGACAUCCUGGAAGUCAUCCUGGAAGGGGAGGAUGGUUGGUGGACAGUGGAACGGAAUGGGCAGCGUGGCUUCGUCCCUGGUUCCUACCUGGAGAAGCUCUGAGGAAGGGGCAGCGGCCCCCACCUGGACCUGCCCUGCCCUGGGGCCAGCAGAGUCCUGACUGCUGCCCCAGCCUUGCUGGGGCCCUAAGACCAAGCCUACACCCCAGGACGUAUGCUGGAGGCUCCCUGAACAGUCUCUCCCACAGGGAAUAAAGGAGUGCAUUUUUUCUCAUUA